AUGUCAUCGGGAUCACAUUUAAGCAAAGAAUUACAUGAUCUGAUCAAAUCAAUAGGAGAGACUCGUAGCAAAUAGGAAGAAGACAAGAUCAUCAUUAAAGAAGUUCAACAACUAAAGACCAAACUAAAUGAGAAGAACAUGCCACCGAAAAAAGUGAAGGAAAUGCUCAUUAGAGCAAUUUACAUAGAGAUGUUGGGUCAUGAUGCAUCCUUUGUACACAUCAAUGCAAUUCAUCUUACACAGUCCAAGAAUUUGGCACUUAAGAGACUGGGCUAUUUGUGUUGUUCCUUAUUUUUGGAUAACGACAGUGAGCUACUUAUAUUGUUGGUGGCCACACUCCAGAAAGAUCUGGCAUCAACCAAUGUUCACAUCGUAGUCAAUGCUCUUACUGCAGUUGGAAAAUUGAUCAGCAAGACCUUUGUGAAUGCAUUGACAGAACCUGUAUUAAAAUUAUUGACUCAUAACACUGACAUUGUGAGGAAGAAAGCAUUGAUGGUGAUGUAGAUUAUCAGAUAGUUGAACUAGGAUUGCAUUACAGAAUAAGAUUAUGAUGAUAGAAUCAGAAGGGGAAUUCAAGACAAAGAGCCAAGUGUUAUGGGAGCAGCCUUCAAUCUCUAUCAUGAAGAAUUAAAGAGAGGCGCUGUUAAUAAGUACAAGCCAUUGACAGGUACUUUUGUUUCGAUGCUCAAAUAAAUUAUAGAACACAAACUACAUAAAGAUUAUGAUUAUCAUAGAUUUCCUGCUCCUUGGUUAUAAAUUAAGUUGCUUUAAAUUCUUACUCUUUUGGGAGCCAAUGAUUUGAAAGUCAGUGAAUAGAUUUAUGAAGUAUUGGGAUCAACUUUAAGAAGAGCUGAUGACACAACUAUCAAUAUAGGUUAUGCUGUGACUUAUCAAUGUGUUAAGUGCAUCAGUGGAAUUUAUCCUCAAUAAAGUCUCCUUGAAUAGGCAGCCAAUUCAGUAUCUAGAUUUUUGAAAUCUGAUAAUAAUAAUCUUAAAUAUUUAGGAAUUAAUGCCUUAACUUAGAUUGUUUCUAUUUCAUAGAAGUAUGUGUUAGAACAUCAGAUGACAAUUGUAGAUUGUCUAGAAUCUAAUGAUGAUACAUUAAAGAAAGAAACUUUAGAAUUGUUAUUUAAAAUGACAAAUGAACAAAAUUGUGAAGUCAUUAUUCAAAAAUUGAUCCAUUUCCUCAAAACAAGUUCAGAUGCUAAUUUCAAAAAGGAUUUGUUCGUUAAAAUAUCUUUGCUAAAUGAAAAACAUGCACCUACUCAGGAAUGGUUCAUUAAGACAGCCAACACAUUAUUUGAAUUUGGAUCUGAAUUCAUAGAUAAUGAUGUCAGAAACAAUUUCUUUAAAUUAUUAAUAGAUAAUUUUAAUGAUAUUGGAACUGAAUUUGGUGAGUUCAUUACUGAAAUUUAUUCAGAUCUAUUAAAAAAUGAGUUGUAAGAUAAUAUUUUGAAAAUUGUCUGCUGGGUUAUUGGUGAAAUUGGAUCAUAAAUCUAUGAUUAAGACCCAAAUAAAUUGAAUGAAUUAGCUCAAUUAGUAAUCACAAAAUUAGACUCAUAAUUAGAAUCUGAAACCACCAUAUCCUGGAUAUUAACAUGUUUAGCUAAAUUGCAAUCUGCAAGAGCAUUUUAAAUGUUCGAUUAAACUAGAACCAUCUUUUAAAAAUAUAUGCAGUCAAAAAAUCUUGAUUGUUAAUAAAGAGCCAUUGAUUUCUUUACACUUGCUAAAUUUAAUGCAGCACUCAAAGGUUCCAAAUUUGUCACUGUGGAUCCCAAAAUGUCGUUCUUAGACGCAUAUGUCUAAUAAGAAAGAUAGCGUGGAGCUCAACCAUAUAAUCCUUCAUUAUAAGUGAAGGCAGCAGCUUUAGGUUCAGCAACAGAAGCACCAUCCCUUAAUUUUGGACCUUAUAGUGAUAAUAAAUAUGGAGGCGGGGCCAAAACUGGUACUUUUGGAACUGAAGAAAAUAAAACAACGAAUUAGAACCCAUCAGCUCCAACUAUAGCAGGACCUUGGGAUGACACAGGUUACAACUAAAAGUAACCAGCUGCUCCAAAACCUGUGAUUGCCACUCCUAUGGCUAUUGGGUCAACUACUGGAAUGGGAAGUAAUGGAAGUGGUUAAACAACUACAACUAAAACCGCCAUGUAGGCUAUGGGUAGUGGAUAAAUGGGGGUGAAUACUAAUUAACCUUAAAAUACAUAUAUUCCACCUGUCAGACCUUUACCUCCAAAAGAAGAUCCAAAUUUAAAGGAAAAGUAGAAAUUAGCAAAUCAAUUGUUUCCUUCCAUUUCCCAAACAUAGCAAUAACCUUAGUAAUUAUACUUAUUCAUACAUUAGAUCAACUUAGAAAAAAGGAAUUUCUGCAGUGUCUACUCAAAAACCUAUGAAUGCAAAUCCAAAUCCAACCUAAGCACCUCAAAUUUAUUAGAUAUUGAUGAUCCUUUAUCAGCUCAAUAGCCAGUUCUAGGAGUUCCUUAGGUUUAUGUUCAAUAACCUUAUAUAAUAACUCAAUAACCAGUAGUGCCAUAAUAACAAUUAUAACCAUAAUAAUAGUGGUCACAACCACCUCCUUAAUAGACAAUCCCAUAAUAAUAAAUCAAAUCAUAUAUGCCAGCCAAUAUUAAUGUAGAUCAAUAUGAGCAACUGUGGGACAGAUAUCAAAAUGUCAAAGAAGUCACUCUUCAAAGUAAGAUUAAAUCUGAAUAAGACUUUAGAAAGAUGAUCUAAGCAAUUAAUAUUAAUAUUAUUGAAGUGAUUGAAUAGGAAAUUAUCUGUGCUGGUGCCAAUGCAGAAAAUAAGAGUUGCGUAUUAUUAUAUGGUUGUUACAAUUUGAAUGGUUCUUUGGAUUUGAAAAUUAAUAGUACAGAUCCUAAGGAUGGUGAAUAUAUUUUAGCCCUUAUCAAGAGAUAAUUCUGUUGA